AAGUAGAGCCCUGUCUUUAUUAGAGAGAAAACUUAACAAAGGAACAAGUCACCCCCACAAUAUCCCCCACCCCCACCCCAAAAAAUAAUAAUAAUAAUAAAUAAAAUAAAAAUCUAGGGAACAAUCUUCUUUUAAGCCAUAUACCAUAAGCCCCCUUAUAAAUUACUCAUCAGUAACUCAAAUCUCACUUCACAGUCUUUCUCCUCUGAGUCAAUUAUCUCUUACAUUUUUUUUUUUGGUUGCUGUUUUGCUGGUACGAAAUAAAAAAAAAAAAAAAAAAACAAUAGCUAGCAGAAGAGAAGAAGUUAACCAAGAAAAAAGAAAGAAAAAACAAAAUGGUAGCAAAGAAACCAAGAAUUGUGAUAAUAGGAGCAGGAGUGGCUGGUCUAACAGCAGCUAACAAGCUGUACACAGCGAGUGGGUCAAAGGAUGUGUUCGAGCUAUGUGUUGUGGAAGGCGGGUCAAGGAUUGGUGGCAGAAUAAACACUUCCGAGUUUGGUGGUGACCGGAUUGAGAUGGGUGCCACUUGGAUCCACGGCAUUGGAGGCAGCCCAGUUCACAAAAUUGCUCAAGAAAUCCACGCACUUGAAUCUGAGCAGCCAUGGGAAUGCAUGGAUGGUUCCUCUGAGGAUCCAACAAGGGCCACGACUUUUGCUGAAGGUGGGUUCGAGCUCAAUCCUCCUCUGGUUGAGCCCGUUUCCACCGUCUUCAAGUACUUGAUGGAUUGUGCUCAGGGGAAGAAGAAUUUAGCUGAGGAAGCUCCCACGAUUUCCGCGAGCAAUGGCACUCCUGCUCGAAAUCUCAGUGUCGGUUCUUUUCUUCGGCAGGGUCUGGAUGCCUAUUGGGCCUCCAGGAAAAACCAAGAUGAGGAGCUUAUUGGGUAUGGAAAUUGGACCAGAAAGUCCUUGGAAGAAGCGGUCUUCGCAAUGCAUGAGAGCACCCAGCGGACUUAUACAUCUGCCGGUGACCUUCAAGCUCUAGAUUAUAGUGCAGAGAGCGAGUAUGUUAUGUUUCCAGGUGAGGAAAUCACCAUUGCUAAAGGUUACUUGAGCAUAAUUGAGGCUCUGGCCUCUGUUCUACCGCCUGGUUUAAUCCAGCUUGGCAGAAAAGUUACCCGUAUUGAAUGGAGGCCGGAGAGUUAUGAUAUGGAAAAUGGAUAUCAUGGCUCUUCUUCUAGGCCUGUGAAGCUACACUUCCUUGAUGGGUCGGUUAUGUUGGCUGAUCAUGUCAUUGUCACAGUUUCUUUGGGAGUGCUUAAAGCUGGAAUUCAACAGGAUUCAGGUAUGUUUAAUCCUCCUUUGCCUUGUUUCAAGACUGAGGCAAUAUCAAGGCUUGGUUUUGGCGUUGUUAACAAGUUGUUUCUGCAACUGAGUCCCACAAGCCACCAUCGAAUAAGCCAGGGUUUCAACAAGUUCCCUUUCCUCCAAAUGGCUUUUCAUAGGGAGGAUUCAGAAUUCAGGCAAAAAAAGAUACCUUGGUGGAUGAGGAGGACGGCUUCUCUGUUUCCAAUAUAUGAGAAUUCCAGUGUCCUCUUGUCUUGGUUUGCAGGAGAGGAAGCUUUGGAGCUUGAAUCACUCAAUGAUGAGCAGAUCAUUAAUGGGGUUUCUGCAACAGUUUCUAGCUUUUUGACAAAGUCCCAGACGACAGACAACUUCAAUUCCCAUGAAUUGUGCAAUGGGAAUAGUUUUGAGGGGAACUGUGGAGUGACAUUUGCGAAGGUUCUGAAGAGCCAAUGGGGUAGUGAUCCUCUGUUUCUUGGAUCUUACAGUUAUGUAGCUGUUGGAUCAAGUGGAGAUGAUUUGGACAAGAUGGCAGAGCCAUUGCCAAGAUUCAACGGUUGUGAAUCUUCUUCUUCUUCUUCGCCUCCACUUCAAAUUCUGUUUGCAGGGGAAGCAACACAUAGAACCCACUAUUCUACAACCCAUGGAGCUUAUUUUAGCGGUCUUAGAGAAGCCAAUAGGCUUCUCCAACAUUAUAGUUGUGUUGGGGUUUAGAGAAGUUUAGGCUCUUUUUUUUUCUUUUUUCUUUUUUUUGGGACAUUUAUAUUCUACGAUAAUCAUUCUAAUUUUCAUCUACAAUUUCUUUGUUUCUCUUUCUUUGAAGUGGGUGAGAGUGAAGGGUGGGGAGAAAAAAAGCAAAAUCAGGAGGGAUGAAAGAGAAAGAUGGGGACAUUUUUAGAUGUACUGCAUGAACUCAAGAAGUUUCUUUUAUUAUUUUUCUAA